CCUAGGUAUGUGGUAUUUAUUCCUUACAUACCUAGGUAUGUCCGAGCCUUUUUGAGCGUUAAUCUAUUUGAUGCAAUGAUAUAUAUGCUUUCUUAUCUAAUUUCGUGGACUGUUGUUUUACACCAAGACAUGUAAUAUGACACUUAAAGAGCUGCCAAUUGCCUUACAGGGACCAGAUAUCACAUCGACGGCUAUUGCGGGAAGCCGGCAGGAAUUUAUCAUAUUCAGGUUCCACAAGAUCUCUUGGCCAAACAUUCGCUGCAGUAAGCCUCAAAGAUAACUUGACGAUGCGAGAUUGAAUUGUCUAGUGUCUCACCAAAGAGUUGACGUUUCGCAUCCAUGUUUGCCUUUGGAAUUAACCCGUUGUUUGCUUCGAGAAUCCACCCUCGAUCUGUGGACGAUACGCGGCAAUGUGCCGUUACCUAAAGGGAUAGUACACGCGGCGAAAAUCAACAUCCAAAUAGCCACGUGGGUAUAUAAGUGAUGAUUCGGCGAGCCCUGUAUUCAACUCAUCAGUAGUAGAUUCAAAACAGAAGCAUACCUAUACUUCACUUAAUCCAAAAUGAAGUUAAAUUGGUGGUCUUCAACCUUUCUCGCCUGGUCCAUUAACAUCUGCUUGGCAACUUCUGUUCAACCCAUUGGAGAAUGGACGAUCUCCGACACAUUUCGCGUCAAAACACAGGACAGUACGAUCUGUAAUUGGCAGUUUCACGUGGCCGACUCUAGCCAAGGAUCCGAUGCAAUCAAUGCCUUUGAUUGCGAAUUCGACGUGACAGCCGACUCCGGGACAGACUGUGCUACGAAAUCAUUCCAGACUGUCUGUAGUAGCAAUGAUUCGUUCAGCAUUAAUGGUGGGCAUAGCAGCAUGGGGUUUAUCGUCAUGGUUCUGGUGAACGUGGACCAGAAGUCCGAAGCCUACUUCGGCUUCUCGGAUGACGCUCUCGAUAGCGGGUCUGAAAUCAGCAAGCAGACAAAACCGGUCUACCCGCAAGGUGUAACCCCGCCGAGCAGCGUAUCUGCGCGACAGGAUGGCGGCAACACGACGGAAUGGACAGUCGAAGAUCUCUUCAGAGUUAUCGACGAUGAAAGACGCACGGUCACUGUAGGGUUCAGGAUCCAGGAUGGGAGUAUUGGUGGUUCCAGCUGCAUGCUCAGUCUUAUGCCGCCUGACGGUGUCGAUAUCAAUAGUUGGGAAUGGUACAAUCAGCCCUGCGAGGGCAGUGGUUAUUCUGCUUCGUGGGGAUACAUGGCUACGGGCGAUGCUGGCAUCAUGACAAUUGUCAAUUCCACUCGAAAUGGCCAAGCAUUCUUUGGCUUCUCCAACAUCAAGUCGAGCACGUACUUGGGUGACGCAGGCCCGAGCCCGGUUUCACCUUGCAACUGCGGCUGAACACGCCUAAUGACGGGAUAGGCAGAGAGCCUGAAUGUAGAAUGGUGGUUUUCGUCUUCGUUUUAUCUUCUUAGUAGAGGGUUUUGGAUACUUCGGUAUGAAUACUAUCAAAUCCCUUUUGAGUUUG